AUGACUGUCACUUACAAAGGUCUUGAUUGUUUAGCUGAUAAAGAUAAUCAAUUAUAUAAAGAUUUGAAAAAAAUUUCACAAUCUGGUAAAAAUGCUUGGGGAUAUCAAGUACAUUAUGGUUAUUAUGUGGUUUAUUUUGGUAUUGUUUUAAUCUUUCUUACAUUUUUGAAAAAUAUUUAUUUUAAAUAUAAUGAUUAUAGUUAUAGAAAUUCAAAAAUUGGGUUUAAACAUUAUAGAUUAUCAAUUAUGAAUAAAAUUAUUGGUGUUUCAAGAUAUAUAUCUUAUAAGAAAUUACCUAUAAUAAUAUCACGUAUAACUGGUUUACCUUCAUCAUUUGGAACAUUAUUUAUUAUAAUAUCUUCAACUUUAUUUAUUUUUUGUUAUUGUUUCAUUCCUAAAAUUUGGAUAAGACCAUGUAAAGGUUUUGGUUCACCACCAUUAGCUGUUCGUGCUGGUUUAAUGUGUAUGGGAUUAACUCCAUAUCUUUAUUUAUUAUCAGGUAAAACAAAUUUUAUUAGUGGAAUAACAGGUAUAAGUUAUGAAAAAUUAAAUAUUUUCCAUCAAGGUCUUGGUUGGGGUAGUUUAUUCCUUGGAUUAGUUCAUACAGUUCCAUUUUUCACUCAACCUGUUGCAGAAGGUGGUUAUUCAAAUUUAAAUAAAGUUAUAAAAGAAGAUGCACUUUAUGUAAAUGGGAUAUUUGCAAUUGUUGCAUUAUUAUUAUUAUGUUUAUUAUCAACAAGAUUUUCAAGAAAAUUAUGUUAUGAGGUAUUUUUCCAUUCACAUUGGAUCUUAGGUUUAGUUUAUUUUGCUGCAUUAACAUGGCAUAUAUAUGGUGAAUUAAAAGCUGAUAAUUAUAUGUGGGCAACUUUGGGAUUUUGGUGUUUCCAAAUGAUUCAUCGUGCAAUUGUUAAAACAACUUUUAAACCAAAUAUUUAUUCAUUUAAAUCAAAAUUAGCUUUUUUAACUCUUCAUAAAGAUUCUGGAAUUUUUGAAGUUAAUAUCCCAAUUUCAAAUACUUAUGAAUUUAAUUGGAAACCAGGUCAACAUAUAUUUAUUAGAUUUGUUUUAGGAAUCUCCACUUUAGAUAAUCAUCCUUUUUCAAUAAUGUCAAUUCCAUCAUCAUCUAAAAAUUCAGAAAUUAAAUUAAUUGUUAAACCACAUAAAGGUUUAACUGGAAAAAUUUAUAAUUCACUCCUCAAUAAUAAAGGUGAUCGAACUUUGAAAACAUAUAUUGAUGGUCCAUAUGGUGGAAUGAAUAGAGAUGUAUUAUCAUUUGAUCAAGUAACAUUAUUAGCAACAGGAUCAGGAGUUACAGUUACAUGGUCAUUUUUUGAGUAUAUUGUUAAAAAUUUAGAAAUUGGAUCUAAUGCUAUAACAGAAGUGAAUUUUGUUUGGAUUAUAAGAUCAAUCGAUUGUCUUGAUUGGAUUUCUAAAGAGUUGGUUAUUACUUUAAAUAAAAUAAUUGAAAUACAAGGUAAUCUUGAUGGGUUUUCAUUUGAUAUUUAUGUUUCAAAUUCAAAUGAGAUAACUCCAAAGCAAUCUGAUGAUGAAUCUACUCCAGAAACUUCAAAAUUGAUACCAAGUACUGAUCUUAUUGACAAUGGAAACUUUAAAAAUCAUUUAAAUAUUCAUUAUAACGUUAAACCUCAAAUGACAAAUUAUUUACAAUCUUUACCAAUUUCAAAAGGUAAAAAUUGCUUUAUAGUAUCUGGUACAAAUUCUUUUCAAAAUGAUGUUGGUAAUGGUGUUUCACAAUUACAAAGAUAUGUUUUACAAGAUAAAGCUGAAGAAAUUUAUUUACAUAGUGAAAAUUUUGGUUGGUGA